AUGAGUGGAAACCAGCCCGAAGAUCCCGAUGCUAGAUACUGCGAGGUAAUCCAGGUAGGAAUCGAAGAUGACACUGCAGAAGUAACAAUUUUUUACACUCCAGAAGGAGGUAAGUUGCAGUUUAUGUACAGUCUUAGAGCAGUCUCCUUUGAACCCACAAUCCACACGAGACGUUCAGCGAGACUGCUAGCCCGGUGCUUCAAGAUCAGUAUGGAACAAACAUUUAAGAACAAAAUCUUUUUCCAUCCGUAGAAUUUCAAGUCUUUAAUGGAAACGUGUUUGAAAGCAAAGAGGAGUAUAGAAACGGCCGAUCUUAUCACAGACUUAAGAUUGUUACUUCCAAAGCGAACCUCUUAGAAGUUAAAAGAUACAGAGACAAUGGAGGUACGUCUUGACGAUUGCAACCUUAUUCUUCCAACAAGCUCACAGGCUAAGUCGUAUUCCCACAAAUCUGACUUAUGAUGGCGUUCAUCGAUACCUUGAAAACCUAUUCAUUCAUGCUUCAGACACUAUUUUUGCCGCUAGGAUUAUAAUUAAUACAUUUACAGCCUUUAAAGAGAUAAAAAAAGUUUUAAAUUUCUUCAGCAGUUUUCAGUGUGUAAGUGUUAAUUGUUUGAACAGUACAUGUACAUAAUUGCCGAUUUGGGAACUGUUUGUUGGAAUAAGUCUUGAGCCCUCGAUUUUACCUUAACAGAAUACACAUUCGAUGCCAGCGGUAACGAUUUUUAUUACGAUGGAAGAAAGGUGAAACUCUAAAGGUAGGUCAACAUUUGUCAGUUUUUCUUCAUUCGGAAAUUCGGAUGGGAUUUAGCUCUUCUCUGUUGGCACCCUUUUGUCUUAUUAUUUUGACAAUAAAGUUGUCAUAUUUGAUUGCACAAUUUGUUAAAAAAAUGGUUAAAUUGAGCGAAGCUCCAGUCAAUAAGACUGGGUGGAGGUUGUCUGCUAUGCAAGCUUCCUGAUGCUCUUGAACUUAGCUCAGUGUACUAUGACUAAAAACUUCUUGCUCUUUUAAAAUAAAUCCUGAAUUAUAAUAUUAAAGGGUGUUACACAAAUGAAAAAAUAUAAUUGCGUGAUGUAACACGAAUCUUUUGUGUGUGUGUUUUAUUCACAGAGCCUUAAACAUGACAAGGAAGACCACAAUACUUCGGAGAGGCUUAUGAGCAGGACCUUAUGAGUUUAAUGGUGUAACUUAAAACCCUGUGUACGAGCAAUAAAAGCAAAUUCAAAACGUUCAAGACUUCCGAGAGUCUAUGCUCAGCUUAAGGACAAGUUGCUAAUUAGCUAUAACCAUCACUAAGUUGGUAAUAUGAAGCUGACCUGUUCAGAAUCGGUCCUCUCCCUAAGUUUUACUCCGCCCACUGAGAGGCAAAGAAACCAAUACUUCCUUUUAACAAAAGACGCAAUUUGAAUAAAAAUAAGCUAUAAGCUUAGCAAAGCAAUUUUAAGAUAUAUGGGUGUGUGCGCAAAAUCAGGAUAACAUAUACGUCUGCUUAACGUUGCAGCAAAUUAUCAGAAAGACGCCACACUUAAGAAACUAAAGAAACCAAAAAUGCAGAAUCCCGACCCUUAUAACCCAUCCGCAGAAAUAGUAGAAGUGGGAACAUCUUUCCAUGAUUCCCCAUCUCUAAGAGUUAAAUACAAUCCCGCGACAGGAGGUUAGUGUCUAUCACAAUUUCGCAAUAGAGACCGAAGGUUUUACUAGAACUGAUACAUACGUUAUCCACUUAGCAAUCGAAGUGGAAGGUGGACAAUUAAAGGAAAAGGCCAUAAAGAUGACACUGGAGACGAACUCGGGCACAGUUUACACCAUCACGCGCCGCAAAGGCGGAGGUAAAUAUAAAAUUCACACCAUGCUCUUAUAUAGAUAAAACUAAAAUAAACUAAAUAAUAAUAGUGAUAAACUAAAAAAAGAGUUUUCAACAAUAUUUCUUGAUAAACAGCCUCGCGAAAGAGCGCGACCAAGAAGCGUACCUAGGAAUCGAAGCACUUUAAUUUUGCUCCACGAAUUAAUUGUCAUAAAUAAAAACUACAAAAGAUUCAACAACUAGAGAUUUCUUAUCGGUGUUUUAUGCAGACACUAAUCAAUACAACAAACAGUCUCAUUUUUGAUUAUUUUUGUUGCAGUUUAUGAACACAACUCAUGGUUUACCUGGGUAAAACGCCGCAAGUAAUAGGUGAGACGCUGAAUACUAUAUCGUGGAUCAUUAUAUCCUUGUUGUUCGCAUUUUUCUGGUGCAAAGCUAUCCGAUGGUUUAGCUGCGUUGAUAAAUACACCGCGAUGGAAGAGUAUCGUUUGCGCACGAGUUUUGAUUUAAUUUGGAUUUUAUAGUUACCUGGACGGCUUUGUUUUAUGAUUGAUCUGUCAAUGAAAUAACGCAGUUUUGGUUUGUCAAAAGCCACCUAAAAAUUAAACGAAGAAACCAAUCCUGACGUUACAGUGGUGUAACAGUCAUGUGAAGCGUGCAUUAAACCCAAAAUUCAUGUCUUACCAACGACGCCUUACAUUUAAGAGUUACACGCCGUGAUUAGAUUGCGCUACGUUAUAUCUGCAAGUAAUAACUACAAGCCUUUCUUUUAUAAUUUCACAGAGGACGUUGGACUCAGCAUGAGGAUCUACGGCCUCCUUUGUUGUAGAGACCAAGUCAUUGUAUUAGGAAGUCUUGGAGAAAGCCAAAGCAACUGA